AAAUGAAUAAUUUACGUAUACUAUGUUCGAUCUUGCCGAACCUCCAGAAUGACUCGGUCAGUUGUGUCCACAGCGUAGAUUUUUCUUUAGCGCACUUAUCUUUCCAUAUCACCUUUUAACCAUGGCGAUCCUUGGGCUGGCCCCCUCUACCGCUCCAAUAACACCUGCGCAUUUUGACAUCGAAAAAGUCAUUCGGCCAAAUAUCCUUGCUCUCCAUCCUUACCGAUGUGCACGCGAUGACUACCAAGAGGGAAUCCUCCUCGAUGCAAAUGAAAAUGCUCUCGGACACUCUAUACCAAGAUCAUCCAACCAGAUCCAGCAGGAGCUUUCAUCGACACUAGACGCAAACUUGAACCGAUACCCUGAUCCCUCUCAUGACGGGAUAAAAUCUCGCAUCGCAUCUCUCAGAUCGCUACCUGGGAAGGACCAUGUCUUCCUGGGCGUCGGAUCUGACGAGGUCAUUGAUCUCUUGAUGCGAAUUUGCGUUGUACCCGUAAACGAGAAGAUUCUAAUCACCCCGCCCACUUAUGGCAUGUAUUCUAUUUGCGCACAAGUGAAUGAUAUCGGGAUAGUUCGUUGUAACCUCGAAUUGGGUGGCAGCGAGGGAGAGGGUGGGGAGCACGGUCGAUUCAGCUUGCUGAUUGAUAAUAUCAAAGCGGCCAUCUUGGCCGAUCCUUCUAUCAAGCUUAUUUUUCUCUGCUCGCCAGGAAACCCUACGGGUACUCUGAUCAGUCUGGCAGCUAUCGAAGCGAUAUUAGACUAUGAACCAUUCAAAGGGAUUGUCGUCGUCGAUGAAGCAUAUAUCGACUUCGCCGGCGAGGGUACCAGCGCUGUAUCCCUAAUAAAAGACUAUGCAAAUCUAUGUGUAAUGCAAACUUUGAGCAAGAGCUUUGGACUUGCUUUUAGGCUCGGUAUCGCCCUUGCACAGCCGCCAUUGAUUCAAGUUCUCACAAAUACAAAAGCCCCGUAUAACAUUUCUACUCCGUCCGCUCAGUUAGCGCUUGCUGCGCUAAGCAAGGAGGCAGUUCAAAACAUGCGGUUAAAAUGUCAAACGCUCGUAGAGUCACGGAAACAGCUGCAGAAGUCUCUCGAAAGUCUUUCUGCCCUCGGUGUAGGAGACAUUAUCGGCGGCAAUGAUGCAAACUUCUUGGUGGUCCCCAUCCUCAAUAAAGAAACCAGACUUCCUGACAACGCUCGGGCAAACGCGGUUUAUACGGAGCUCGCCGAGAACAAAGGAGUUGUAGUAAGGUUCAGGGGGAAGGAAGCUGGAUGUUAUGGAUGUUUGAGAAUCACUGUCGGGACUGCCGAGGAGAACGGGACGCUCAUUCGACAACUGCAGAGUGCUUUAAAUGACUAUUAGCUGCGUGGGGCUAUGAUCCUGUAGAUUUUAGAUGAGUCGACCUCUUCUCGAGGGGUUCACUUCUCCAAAUACAGACGGAUUUCAUGAUUACG